ACUGUGGGGAUAAUGGCGGGUGAAACAGAGAAGAAAGUACCUUCGGUCCCCGAAAGCCUCUUGAAGAGGCGCAAACGUUUCGCCACCGUCAAAGCCAUGCGUCUCAAGGCCCAGGUGGCUGAAAAGAAGGCCCGUAAAGUCACCAGGAAGCUCAUCUACAAGAGAGCUGAGGCUUAUCACAAGGAGUACAAGCAGUUGUACAGGCAGGAGAUUCGUAUGGCGAGGAUGGCUCGCAAAGCAGGCAACUACUACGUCCCAGCCGAGCCCAAACUGGCCUUCGUCAUCAGGAUCAGAGGUAUCAAUGGCGUCAGCCCCAAAGUGCGCAAGGUGCUGCAGCUGAUGCGUCUGCGCCAGAUCUUCAACGGCGUCUUCGUCAAACUGAACAAGGCCUCCAUCAACAUGCUCAGAAUCGCCGAACCCUACAUUGCAUGGGGCUACCCCAACCUGAAGUCCGUGCGUGAGCUGAUCUACAAGCGUGGUUAUGGCAAGAUCAAGAAGCAGCGCAUUGGCCUGACCGACAACGCCCUUGUGGAGAAGACCCUUGGGCAGUACGGCAUCAUCUGCGUGGAGGAUUUGAUUCAUGAAAUCUACACCGUCGGAAAGAACUUCAAGGUCGCAAACAACUUCCUCUGGCCCUUCAAGCUGUCCUCUCCCCGCGGUGGCAUGAACAAGAAGACCACGCACUUUGUGGAGGGUGGUGACGCUGGAAACAGGGAGGACCAGAUCAACAGAAUGAUCAGGAGGAUGAACUAGAAAGGCCUGUGGUCUUCCGGGACGUUUCAUUCUCUGUUGGUCUGUGUGAUGGAAAUAAAGCUGUUUAAUAACAAAAUCA